ACUUGCUUCGCCCUACCUCCACUGACCAGCAGCUUUGCGUUCUGCAAAUGUAUUUCAUACACUGCACACUCAGCCUUAGUACCAUAUCAACCACACGAGGAAAGACGGGGCGACAGUCUUCUUUCCCCAAAGCCUACCGAUUCUAUUUUGAUAACCGUCAGAUUUCUGCUGGGUAAAACCCCAUUUCGUUGGUGUUUUUCAUCUAAAUUGAACGGAGGAAUUAUAUUCAAAUGGAAAGACGCAGACUGCAGCUGUUGCUGUAGGCAGUCUAUGCCCUGCGCGAGGGAGUUGCGUCUUCUUCUGCCUCUCCCGCCAUCCAACGCUUCUUUCACCAGGUGAUGCAUUCAUCCACCAAGCCCGACAUGAUGAUGGGGGAGGGGCGCGUUGCGCGCAGGGUCUCCAGCUCUGGACGUUGAUCUAUUCUCAUCAGAGCCUCUCAAUGUGAUGCCCAAAUCAUUCAGGCGAGGCGUCCGGUUAUGUUGAAGAUUACGGAAAAUCCUGGACUAUAUUCAUUCCACUCUUCAGUUGACUGGGCACGCGGGACCAUUACCUUAAUGUAAGGACAAACAAAAUAUGCUUCAAGAUUUCGGUUUCAUUCCAUGGAACACUCAUUGUUAAACGAAUGGAAAAACCAGGAGCAGGAGAACAUGCUGCGUUAGAGACGCAUGAGGCAAGCACACUUGAAUACACGUCAACAAUAUUACAGCAUGAUCUAUAUUCUGUGUCCUCUCAUAUGCAAACAUGAGUGCACAGGUGUGUUAAAAUAGCAUUUUUUGGGGGAUGUGAAUACUGUUCAUUUUGCAGAUGUUCAAUUUCAGAAUGCACUGACAACGGUGCCCUGUUAUAAUGGUGCGGACUGUUGGCACAUGGUGGCAGGCACUGUAGUUUCUGACACCUUGCCUAAUUAAUUAUGCAUGUGCGAUUGAGCUGCAUUGACAGUGAUGAAAAGUAUCUUUAUUCAAGAGACCACUUCUUGAAUUUUUACGUGACUGCCGGGUGCGUGACAAGGACCAACAAGUGCACUUUUUCAAUUCAGCUCGACACACCCCAAGGAAACCAUGCCAGCUCGAUUCUAUGUGCACAAGACAUGUCCCCAGAAUCGCUGAGCUUGGCUAACAUCUAAAAAGCAGGGGUAAAUCACCAACCACCGUUGAAAACAAUGGAAUUGUCUGAAGUUCGAUGUUCCAGUGCAAGCGAAGAACUCUACACCAUCAACAGGACGCCAACCAGCAACAGCAGCACGCGACCCAAAAGGUUGUUGUGGCAGAACGCGGUUCGACACAUCACUGAGCAGAGGUUCAUCCAUGAGCAGAGCGAAGCGAAAGGCAUCACACCAGAUGAGCACUACGACCAAAGCCUACGGAAACAGUCUGCGGGUAGGACCUCGGUAGGCGACAGACACAACAAUGGGGGAACCAAAGUCUUCCCCGAGCGUGCGAGCAGUGACCUAGGAUUUCUCCAAAUCGAUUGCGCUCCGAGCAACUCAGACUUUUUCUUGAACUGGGGCUACACAUACAGAGGCGUAAUAUUCCCCACUCUACGCAAUUCUUUCAAAUCUCGGGACCUCGAGCAUCUGUACCAACGCUACUUUUUGGGCCAGAGGCGCAAAUCAGUGGUGGUGAUGAACAUUUUGGAUGUGGUGACCAAACUAACCCUGUUGGUUUUACAUUUAACUCUUGCGUCUUCGCCAAUGGAUCCCAUCAAAGGAAUGCUCUUGGGCUUUUUCACUGGCAUCGAAGUGGUCAUUUGUGCCUUAGUGGUAGUCCGAAAAGACACGACCUCUCACAGCUAUCUGCAAUACAGCGGCGUGGUGACGUGGGUGGUCAUGGCCACGCAGAUUUUGGCGGCUGGAUUGGGCUACGGACUUUUGGGCGACGGAGUCGGAUACGUGCUUUUCACCCUCUUUGCCACUUACAGUAUGCUUCCCUUGCCUCUCACUUGGGCUAUUCUGGCUGGUUUGGCCACCUCAACCCUCCACAUUGUUGUACAGCUAUUCAUCUCCCCAAAUGCACAGCUCUCCACAAAUCAGGUGGUGGCCCAGGCAGUGUUGUUCAUGUGUAUGAACACGGCUGGGAUCUUCAUCAGCUACCUGUCAGACCGUGCCCAGCGCCAGGCCUUCCUGGAGACCAGGAGGUGCAUCGAGGCCAGGCUCCGUCUGGAGACAGAGAACCAGAGACAGGAAAGGCUGGUGUUGUCCGUUUUACCCCGGUUUGUGGUAUUGGAGAUGAUCAACGACAUGACAAAUGUGGAUGACGAGCACCUCCAGCACCAGUUUCACAGAAUCUAUAUCCAUCGCUAUGAGAAUGUCAGCAUACUUUUCGCAGACGUUAAAGGAUUCACGAACCUCUCGACGACGCUAUCGGCGCAAGAGCUGGUGCGGAUGUUGAACGAGCUCUUUGCACGCUUCGACCGUCUAGCCCACGAGCACCAUUGUCUGAGGAUUAAGAUUUUAGGAGACUGCUACUACUGUGUGUCCGGUCUUCCUGAACCCCGACAGGACCACGCUCAUUGCUGUGUAGAGAUGGGCCUCAGCAUGAUUAAGACAAUCAGAUAUGUAAGAUCACGAACAAAGCAUGACAUCGACAUGCGCAUCGGGAUCCAUUCGGGAUCGGUCCUGUGUGGGGUGCUGGGACUGAGAAAGUGGCAGUUUGACGUGUGGUCGUGGGACGUGGACAUCGCCAAUAAGCUGGAGUCAGGGGGGAUCCCUGGACGAAUCCACAUCUCCAAGGCGUCCCUGGACUGCCUGAAUGGUGACUACGAGGUAGAGGAGGGCCAUGGCAAGGACCGCAACGAAUUCUUGCGCCGCCACAACAUCGAGACGUACCUGAUCAAGCAGCCCGAGGAGAGCCUACUCACGCUGCCCGAGGACAUCAUGAAGGAGGCGACCAGCACCGACCGACGAGUCAGCAGCACCACCUUCAACCAGGGCUCCUGGAGUCCCGAGCUGCCCUUCGACAACAUCGUGGGCAAGCAGAAUACUCUGGCUGCCCUAACAAGAAAUUCUAUAAAUCUGCUUCCAAACCAUCUUGCACAAGCUUUGCAUAUCAACUCUGGUCCUGAGGAAAUUAACAAAGGAAUAGAGAGUGCCAUCGACUUACGGAGUGGUGAUAAGUUGAGAAGAGAGCAUAUCAAGCAUUUCUCACUGAUGUUUAAAGACUCCAGCCUGGAAGAAAAGUAUUCCCAAAUGAGGGACGAAGUGUUCAAGUCCAACCUGGUGUGCGCCUUCAUCGUGCUCAUCUUCAUCACGGCCAUUCAGAGCCUGCUGCCUUCUGCCAGGAUGGUUACCAUGGUGAUCCAGUUUUCGGUGCUCAUCGUCCUGCACUCAUUCCUAGUCCUGGUGACCACGGCGGAGGACUACAAGUGUCUGCCGUUGGUCCUGCGAAAGUCCUGCUGCUGGAUCAAUGAGACCUACAUGGCCCGCAACGUCAUCGUCUUUGUCUCCAUCCUCAUCAACUUCCUGGCGGCCAUGAUCAACAUUCUGUGGUGUGAUUUUGACAAGUCCAGCACCUUCAGCAACCAGACCUUCAACACAUCCACCACCAUCCCUGACAUCUGCUUCUACCCUGAGUAUUUUGUGUUCACGGGGGUGCUCGCCAUGGUGACGUGCGCCGUGUUCCUGCGACUGAACUCGGUCCUAAAGCUCGCUGUGCUCCUGGUCAUGAUUGCUAUCUACUCCCUGCUCACUGAAGCCUUCUACACCUCCCUGUUUUUACGCUACGACUAUGUCCACCACAACACAGAAAAUUUCCUUGGGACCAAAGAGACCUCCUUGCUUCUGAUGGCUAUGUUCCUCCUUGCUGUAUUUUACCACGGGCAGCAGCUGGAAUACACUGCCCGGCUGGAUUUCCUCUGGCGUGUCCAGGCCAAGGAGGAGAUCAACGAGAUGAAGGAGCUCCGGGAACACAACGAGAACAUGCUCCGGAAUAUUCUGCCAAGUCACGUUGCCCGCCAUUUCCUGGAGAAGGAUCGGGAUAAUGAGGAGCUUUACUCCCAGUCAUACGAUGCUGUGGGUGUGAUGUUCGCCUCCAUCCCGGGCUUUGCCGACUUCUACUCCCAAACAGAGAUGAACAACCAAGGAGUGGAGUGUCUGCGCCUCCUCAACGAGAUCAUUGCCGACUUUGACGAGCUGCUUGGUGAGGAACGAUUCCAGGACAUUGAGAAGAUUAAGACUAUCGGCAGCACCUACAUGGCAGUCUCCGGACUGUCACCAGAAAAACAACAAUGUGAGGACAAGUGGGGUCAUCUGUGUGAGCUGGCCGACUUUGCCAUCGCCCUGAACGAGAGCAUCCAGGAGAUCAACAAGCACUCCUUCAACAACUUUGAGCUAAGAAUUGGCAUGGCACACGGCUCGGUGGUGGCGGGUGUGAUCGGCGCCAAGAAGCCCCAGUACGACAUCUGGGGCAAGACAGUGAACCUGUCGAGCCGCAUGGACAGCACAGGCGUGAGUGGCAAGAUCCAGGUGCCUGAGGACACCUACCUGAUCCUGAAGGAGCGAGGCUUCGCCUUCGAGUACCGUGGCGAGAUCUACGUGAAGGGCAUCAGCGAGCAGGAGGGCAAGAUCCGCACACACUUCCUGAUGGGCCGUGUGCAGCCCAACCCGCUCAUCAUGCAGCCGCGCAAGCUCCAGGGCCAGUACUCGCUGGCGGCCGUAGUGCUGGGCCUGGUCCAGUCGCUCAACCGACAAAAGCAGAAGCAGAUCCUGAACGAUAACAACAACUCGGGCAUCAUGAAGGGCCAUCACCACUACAACAGGAGGACGUUGCUGGCCCCUGGGGGGGCAGAGGUUGGCCAUGCCGAAGUGGCAGAUAAGACUGAGUUGCCCUGAAGAGGCCCGCUGCAAAAAAUAAGGGAGGGAGGGGACUUGACAGGACUGUGCUUUCUGUUUUCAUCCGCCCUCAUUGCAUCGAUUUGUCCAUUCAUCCAUCUGUCCAGCCAUCCAUCUAUCUAUCCUUCUGACAAUUCAAUGUUCUGCCUACUAUACCCCCUAACCCCUUGCCUGGUGUCAAUGUUUCUGUUUUGUAUUUCUUUUAUAUAAGAGAACACAAUAAAGGAGUUUAAUUUUUUAUAGAUAA